AAUGACCAAAAAAACAAAGAAGGUUGGAAUUACAGGAAAAUAUGGUACCAGAUAUGGUGCAUCAUUAAGAAAAAUUAUCAAGAAGUUCGAAAUUUCAUAACAUCAAAGAUAUUUCAACACUUUUACUGGAGCUGUAAUAUAUAUAUUAUAAUAUUUUAGCAUUCACUCAAAAGAUAAGCUAUUGGUAUUUGGAGAUGCACAUAAACUGGAUUAUAAAUUGCUGGUGGUGCUUGGGAAGUCAAGUAUUAUUUUAUUUCAUUUAUUAGUACUCCUGCUGGAUUAUCUGCAAAAUAAGGUAUGUUGAGAAUCAAGAAAUUAAAGGAAGAUGCUGAAGUUGAAGUCAAGGAUGAAAAGAAAGAAUAAAAAAAACAAUAACCAAAAGAAUAAAAGGAAUAAACCAAAGAACAACCUAAAGAAUAAACCAAAAAAACAUAACCAAAAAAAUAAUAAGCUAAGAAACAAUGAGU